AUGGCAGAACCCGAGGAUGCCAGUGGCUCUGAUAUUAUUAAUCGUGAACAUAUGACAGCUCGGGAUGUUGUACACGAUAUUUGGAUAGGUCUUGAUCUCCCUGAAGCUGCACUGUCAUCAGUCAAACUCCCAGGAGUCGAAGGCCCAGCUUUACCUUCAUCAUUCAAAAUCGGGAUUCUAGCACAAGCCUCUAUUGCACUGUCUGCUUUGACAGCUGCCCAAAUUCACGCCCAUCGCAACAGAAUUCCUGUUCCUCAAGUUACAGUCCCUCUCAAGCACGCCGCAAUCGAGUACACAUCUGAAAGACUAUAUACGAUUAAUGGUCAACCCACUCCAGCCCGGGGAACCAUAGGUGGAUUGCACAAGACAUCAGAUGGUUAUGUUCGCAUUCAUGACUCGUUCUCCAACCAUGUCCAGGGUACGCUCAAGCUAUUGAGACUUCCAAUUGGUGCAAACAAACAGCAAGUAUCUGAGAAAACAGCUAAAUGGGCUGCUAUCGACUUGGAGAACUGUGCGACUGUAGAGGGAGAGACCGCUGUAUACGCCUUACGUUCAUAUGAACAGUGGGAACAGCUUCCACAGUCUAGAGCUGUCCGCAACUUCCCCAUCGCCAUUAAGCAAGUCUCACAAUCUUGGCCCAGCUCCAUACCCAGAGCCAUGGAACCUGAAAACACCAAGUGCCUCCAAGGUCUCCGCGUAGUUGAAAUGAGUCGAGUUAUUGCAGCACCUUUAUGCGGUAAGAGCCUCGCAGCCCACGGCGCUGACGUUAUAUGGGUCACCUCUCCCAACUUGCCAGAUCUUCCUGUCCUCGAUCGGGAGUUUAGUCGCGGAAAAAAGACGGUUCAGCUCGACAUACACAACGCCAAUGAUCACAAGAAGCUCCUGGACUUACUCCGAGACUGCGAUGUGUUCGUUCAAGGUUACAGGCCUGGAAGUCUGGCGUCGUACGGUUUAUCACAGGAAGAGUUGAUCAAGAUCAACCCAGAUAUCAUUGUGGCCAAUAUGUCAGCUUUCGGCCCUGAUGGUCCCUGGUCAGGCCGUCGAGGGUUUGACUCAAUGGUCCAAACAUGUUCUGGGAUGAACGUUUCUGAAGCUGAACAUGCGGGGCAAGAAGAGGCUGCUCGUCCAUUGCCGUGCCAAGCUUUGGAUCAUUCAGGCGGAUAUAUGCUCGCAGUCGGAGUGAUGGCUGCUGUCUAUCAUCGGGCUAUUAAAGGUGGCUCGUGGAGAGUAGACGUGUCAUUGGCAGGCAUGAUGAAAUAUUUGAGGAGCCUGGGGCAGUAUCCUGGUUCGAGCGGCUUCGAUGCUAAAGAUUAUAAGAGACCGGAAGAUGUCCCUGAAGAAUACUUUGAAACUGGGAAUACGGCAUUCGGCAUAAUGAAGUCGAUAAAGCACAGCGCGUCAAUUGAGGGUGUACAGGUUGGUUGGGAUCGGAUGCCCAAGCCAUUGGGGUCUGACAGUCCAACGUGGGGCUAG